AUGGUCUUUGUAAAGGUAUUUGCGGCUUUGGCCCUUUUCACUCAGGUCGCCCUCGCUGGGACCAAGCUCUGGGAUGGUGACUUCAGCUACUUUUCUUCUGCGGCAGCUUUCGACAACUGGUCUUGGGCCAACCAAGUCGGUCCAUACCAAUGGUACAUCCACGGCAACCAGCCAACCUCGCAGUACCUUGCUUUGGACCCCUCGUACAAGAACCCCGCAGCCACCACCGAAACCCAUGGAUUGAAGUUGACCAUCGACCAAACUUCGAACUGGAAUGGGCAGACAAUGAUGCGCUCUGAGCUUAUCCCUCAGACUACCGCCAACCUCGGCCAAGGAAACCUCUUCUACCAUUUCUCAAUCAAGCGAGCCGCUACCAAUGCACCUGUUUCUUCUUUGGAACAUCAGAUUUGCUUCUUUGAGAGCCACUUCACUGAGCUAAAAUACGGUGUCGGCCCCAACCCUACAGACUUGACCUGGAUGGUCGGCGGCGUUGGCAAAUGGUCUACACCCUGGACGGCUGAUACAUGGUUCAACUUCGCGUACGACAUUGAUUUCAGCGCUAAUACUGUUGGUUUAUGGGCCUCAACCGGUUCAUCACCAUUGACCAAGGUCGUCCAAAACAUUGCUGCCUCUACUUCCACGAACUCAGCGGACUGGCAUCUCGGUGUACUCCGCAUCGUCACCCAGCCCGGCACAACCGAUUUGUUCUUCAGUGGUGUUUAUGUCGAGAGUGGGCCCAUUACCACUAGCGUAGGAAGCGGAACCAGCACCCCGCCAACAUCCAGCAGCGUUCCAGUAACCUCGGUACCACCAACAUCAGCGCCUCCUGCGUCAACACCCCCUGCAUCAACGACUACUGCAAGCGGACCUCUGCAAACCCAGUGGGGCCAAUGCGGAGGCACUGGUUACACUGGGCCCACUGCAUGCGCCAGCCCAUUCACUUGCGAGGCGAUUUCCCCGCCAUACUAUUACCAGUGCAAGUAA